UGCCGUGUUGAUGUGAGAUUUCUUUAAAUGUUAUGUGAAUGUUAGCCUUAGCUUCACAGAAACACUGCAGUUCAGAUCCACGUCGCGGUGAAGCUAACGAGCUAAUUAGCUUAGCAAGUGGAGUAGUUGCAGCUAAGCUAGCUUAGCUUAUUUGAGGGUUUUUGGGGUGAAGAAAAACACAGAAAUCUGAGAAAAUUUGCAUUUGAUUCCGUGGACGCCCUGCAGUGUGGAUUAACAAAGCUCCUCUGGUUGCUGUGGUCGUACUGGGAGGACUGGUGAUGGGGUACAGGGUCAUCCUCGGGGGUCGGCGGCGGCAUCUCGUCCAGCUCUUGCUGCCGCUGCUGCUCCUUUUGUUUCUGGUGGCGGCGGUUUUGGCGGAGGGCCGAGAUUACUACGAUCUGCUGGGAGUCAGCAGGGAGGCGACGACCAGAGAGAUCCGACAAGCUUUUAAGAAGUUGGCGCUGACCAUGCACCCCGACAAAAACCCUGGUGACCCCUCGGCCCACGAGAAGUUCCUGCAGGUCAAUCGAGCCUACGAGGUCCUAAAAGAUGAAGACCUGAGAAAGAAAUAUGAUAAAUAUGGAGAAAAAGGUUUGGACGAGCAGCAGGGAGGACGCUACGAGAGCUGGAACUUCUACCGAUAUGACUUUGGUAUCUAUGAUGAUGAUUUGGAGAUCAUCACGUUAGACAGCGGAGACUUUGAAGCAGCGGUAAACUCUGGAGAAAUCUGGUUCGUCAACUUCUAUUUCCCACGAUGCUCCCAUUGUCACGAGCUGGCUCCGACGUGGAGGGAGUUUGCCAAAGAGAUGGACGGAGUGAUCCGGAUCGGAGCCGUGAACUGUGGCGACAACAACCAUCUGUGCAGGAGGAAAGGCAUCAACAGCUACCCCAGUCUGUUCAUCUACAGAGCCGGACAGAGACCUGAGAAGUUUAACGGCGAGCGAACUAAAGACAACCUGGUUCGCUUCUCCAUGCAGUUCAUCACAACGACCAUCACUCAGCUCUGGCAAGGUAACGUGUUUAACGAGAUAGAACAGGCGUUUUCAUCUGGACUCGGCUGGCUGAUCACCUUCUGCUCCAACACUGGAGAUUGCCUGGAACCAAGAACAAGACAGAAGCUGGCAGGAAUGUUGGAUGGUCUGGUUAAGGUGGGAUGGAUGGACUGUAUUACAGAGGAAAAGCUCUGCGAAAGUUUCCAGGUGACCGGUGGAGCGACGGCUUUGUUCCCACCUGGAAGUGCUUUGGAUAAAGAUGGCAGUGUACUGUGGCUGAAUACUCUGGACAGUAAAGAGAUUUACAAUCAGGCCAUGAACCAUCUGCCUGGUCUGGAACUUCUAACCAGCGACAGCUUCCAGAGGAAACUGGCUCAUCAUCGCUGGUUGGUCAGUUUUACAUUUGGAGACAGAAGCUCCAAUGCCGCCUCCAAUGAAUACAAGAAGCUACAAGCUUUCCUCCGAGACGACCACAUACAGGUUGGCAGAGUUGACUGUAUAUCAGAUGCAGAGUUGUGUCAGUCGCUCUACAUCCAUAAACCCUGCGUGGCCGUUUUCAAAGGACUGGGAAUCCAUGACUUUGAAAUCCACCAUGGUAAAGAUGUUCUGUACAACAUCGUGGGUUUUGCGAGGGACAGCGUUCGAGCUCAUGUGACAACUCUGAGGCCUGACAACUUUCCUUCAGACAGAAAGGAGCCCUGGCUGGUGGAUUUCUUUGCUCCGUGGUGUCCACCGUGUCGAGCUUUACUGCCUGAACUGAGAAAAGCUUCGAUCCAAUUAGCUGGACGGAUGAAGUUUGGGACUCUGGACUGUACCAUCCACCACAACCUCUGCUCCACGUAUAAUAUCCAGGCUUAUCCCACCACCGUGAUCUUUAACGGCUCGUCUGUUCAUGAAUACGAAGGACAACAUUCGGCUGAUGGCAUCCUGGAGUUCAUACAGGAUCUGGUCAGUCCGUCUGUGGUGGUUCUCGAUCCCUCCAGCUUUGCAGAGAGAGUGAAAGGUCGGGCUGAAGGGCAGAUCUGGGCGGUGGAUUUCUACGCUCCCUGGUGUGGCCCCUGUCAGGCUCUGAUGCCGGAGUGGAGACGCAUGGCCCGGCUGCUGUCUGGUCAGAUCUUGGUGGGUUCAGUCGACUGUCAGCGUUUUCAGUCUUUCUGUCAGAGUCAGAGUGUGAGAGCUUAUCCUGAAAUCCGCCUUUACCCUGGAAAUGCUCGGCAGCCGGAUCGAUUCAUGAGUUAUAACGGUUGGCAUAGAGACUCCCAUUCGCUGAGAGCGUGGGCGCUGAGUUAUCUGCCCAGAGCCUCGGUGGAUCUGACUCCGGAAACCUUCAGGUCUCUGGUUCUGUCGGGUCGGGAUCACUGGGUUCUGGAUUUUUACGCACCCUGGUGUGGACCCUGCCAACACUUCGCCCCAGAGUUUGAGGUUCUGGCUCGGAUCCUUAAAGGGGAGGUCUGGGCAGGGAAGGUGGACUGUCAGGCCCAUUAUCAGACCUGUCAGUCAGCAGGAAUCACCGCCUACCCAUCGGUCAGAUUUUACCCCUAUCUGGGAACGAGAAGGUUCGAACACAGCGGGGAGCACAUCAACAGCCGGGACGCCAACGUGAUCGCCGACACCGUCAGACAGCGGCUACAGCAGCUGUUGCCACGGUUACAGAAUAAGCCAAAGGACGAGCUCUGAUGGAGUUGGAGGGACGAUGCUGUGAGGAAAAACCAGCAAUCUGAUUGGUCAGGGAGCGACAGAAGUGGAUUUGAUUGGUGGAGAUCAAUUGGCAAACACUCCUUGAUAAAACCUCAGCGGUAACAGAGACGGACUGUCGGCUGCUGUGCGGAAUGUACCGAACACUUCUGCCUUGUUUUUAUUUGUUUUUUAUAUUUGGUCUCCAUUGUUUGUAUUUACUCUAUGAAGUAAAACUGUGGGACUCUGUGAUACUGGACAUGUUACUGACACACAACCACAUAGUGCUGUACUUUAACGAUCAUGUAGAAAACUGUUUCUGAAUUAAACGGUGUGUUUCUGUUA